CAGCAUCCCUGUGAUACUACUGAGUUUGCAUUCAGCACGCACAGCACGCUCAUUCAGAAACAAUGGAAUAUCAGUAAAAAAAAAAAAAAAAGAUUUUGUCAGCCUUUUGAGAGGUCCAACCAAUGAGAUCAAAGGUGUUUUGGGCCCUUUUAUCGAGAUAGCUUACAUCUCCCUCCUACUACAACCAUGGAUGACACAGACCUUAAGGACCACAUGUCUCUUAUGAAAGGGGCUAAAGAUAUGGUCAGGGAGGCCAAACGGCAAGCUAGCAAGAAGGUCAACACGGUGGUUGACAGAUCGUCAGAUGAAUACUCACACAGCCGUGCCUAUCACCAUUUCCAGAAUGAAGAUGUCGAAUACUACGAUCCCCCUCAGGGCAACUACACAGGCAAUUCUGCCAAUGAUGAAGAAGGUUCCAGUGAUGCCACUGAAGGCCAUGAUGAAGAUGAUGAGAUCUAUGAGGGUGAAUACCAAGGAAUUCCAUCUGAAUCUGGGCACAGGGAUGGACAUGUGGCUUUGGGGCAGCCUGUAGCGGAUGGUCUUAAGGACCGUAAGGAGCUUGAAAGUGAGAGGCAAGCAGAUGAGGAGGAGCUGGCGCAGCAGUACGAGCUAAUCAUCCAGGAGUGCGGCCACGGCAAGUUCCAGUGGCAGCUGUACUUCACACUUGGGUUAGCACUCAUGUCAGAUGGUGUGGAGGUUUUCGUAGUCGGCUUUGUGCUGCCCAGUGCUGAAACGGAUAUGUGUAUGCCAGAUUCAAGCUCUGGUUGGCUAGGUAGCAUUGUAUACCUGGGGAUGAUGCUGGGGGCUUUCUUCUGGGGUGGCAUGUCGGAUAAAUUGGGCCGGCGACAGUGUCUGCUUAUCUGCAUGUCCAUCAAUGGCUUCUUUGCCUUUCAGUCAUCCUUUGUUCAAGGCUAUGGCUUCUUCCUGUUCUGUCGCAUGAUAGCAGGUUUUGGGAUUGGUGGGGCGGUGCCUAUUGUGUUUUCAUACUAUGCAGAAGUCUUAGCAAGGGAGAAACGUGGCGAGCACCUGAGUUGGCUCUGCAUGUUUUGGAUGAUUGGGGAGAUCUACGCUUCUGCCAUGGCCUGGGCUAUCAUACCUCAUUAUGGAUGGAGCUUCAGCAUGGGUUCAGCGUAUCAGUUCCACAGCUGGAGAGUAUUUGUAGUGGUGUGUGCUCUGCCAUGUGUCUGCUCUGUGGUGGCUCUCACCUUCAUGCCAGAAAGUCCAAGAUUCUACCUAGAGGUGGGGAAGCAUGACGAGGCCUGGAUGAUCCUCAAGCAGAUCCAUGACACCAACAUGAGAGCACGUGGACAACCAGAAAAAGUCUUCACUGUAAAUAGAAUUAAAAUCCCAAAGCAGAUUGAUGAGUUUGUGGAGAUGCACCCAGAGACCAGUAAUCUAGUGUCUAAAGUUAUUUUCCGAGUGAAGACGGAACUUUACGGGAUCUGGUUGAACCUCAUGAAGUGUUUCAAUUAUCCAAUGAAAGAUAACACCAUAAAGCUGGCUAUUGUAUGGUUCACUCUGUCAUUCGGGUACUAUGGCUUGUCCGUUUGGUUUCCUGAUGUGAUCAAGCACCUUCAGGCUGAUGAAUAUGCUUCUAGAACGAAGGCCCACCUAAAUGAGCAAAUCGAGAACUUUACUUUCAACUUUACAUUCGAAAACCAGAUACACUUUAAUAGUGUCUUCAUCAAUGACAGAUUCUAUAAAAUGGAAUUUAAGUCAGUAACUUUUAUCAACACCACAUUUCAAGACUGCUAUUUUGAGGAUGUGACAUCUGUGGCAACAUUCUUUCAUAACUGCACCAUUAUUGAUUGUGUCUUUUUCAAUUCAGGUAUUGAUGAUUCCGAACUUAUAAACACAGCAGUCAUAAACAGCUCGUUUUUUCACAACAAAACGGGUUGUCAGAUAACAUUCGAUCAUGACUACAGCGCCUACUGGGUCUACUUUGUCAACUUCCUCGGGACGCUGGCUGUGCUACCUGGAAACAUUGUGUCUGCACUGCUCAUGGACAAAACAGGACGCCUUUCCAUGCUGGGAUUCUCCAUGAUCCUUUCUGGGAUCAGCUGCUUCUUUUUGUGGUUUGGCACCAGUGAGGCCAUGAUGAUUGGAAUGCUGUGUCUUUACAACGGCCUCAGUAUCUCUGCCUGGAACUCACUGGACGUGGUCACAGUAGAGUUAUAUCCUACUGUCAGGAGAGGGACUGGCUUUGGCUUCUGUAACGCCUUGUGUAAGCUGGCAGCGGUGCUGGGGAACCUGAUCUUUGGCUCUCUGGUCAGUAUUACUAAAGGCAUCCCAAUUCUGCUGGCAUCCUCUGUGCUGGUGUGUGGUGGUCUGGUGGGACUCCGGCUCCCAGACACAAGAUCCAAUGUCCUGAUGUAGGAAGUCAACAGCUCUACUUCGCCCAUGUGUCUCUUGUCCUUUUUUUUUAUCAUUGUCUAAGGCAUCCUGAAAAGCUAAAUCAUUAACUAAAAGAAAAAGCAAAUGCUUAAGCCUAAGCAGAAGUGAGCAAUAAUGUGCGUCAUUAUGUUCAAUGCCAUCGCAGUUAUGAUGCUGAGCAUUAUAGCACACAGCUGUAUGAGGUAACUUGGCAGAAAUCUAAAACCACAAAAUCAUAACAAGUAAUGCGCUUAUUUAUAAUCAUAAUUCAUAUCAGAAGCCCAGGAGGUUUGUGAAUUGAUUUCCUGACACUGUAUUACAUAAAUAAUGUAUUGCAGUUCUCAAUAUUCUCUUACAUUUUUAAGCAAGCUGAUUGUGUAAAGCUAAAAGCUUGUAAUGCUGGAGCUGUAAAUACUGUAGUAGUGACCAGUCCUAUUAAGAUGCUUGAAAAUCUCUUAAUGAACAUCCUCAAGAGAGAGCAGACGUAAACAUGAUGAUCGAAAGGAGUGGAAAAGUGGCAUUGCGUUAUCAUUGCUAUACAGAUCAGCUUGGGAUUUACUGGCCAUUAACUGUCCUAAUGAGUUUAUGUUUAUUAAGCAUUAUAACUACUAAUGUAAUAAAAUAGGUUUUCCAGAUUAACAAAAUAUCACAAUACUUAA